AAUACAAUGCACAAGACGUUUAGUACACCAAGUACGUAGAGUAAAAGCAAAAUUAGUUUUCAAACUUUGUCGAUAAAUAGCAUCUGUAAGAAGGACAGUAAUUUUCCACUACCUGACGUCUUUGUAUCAUGAUGGAAUUAUACAGCAGAGUUUUUCUAGUAUAUUUUGGUUUAAGUAUCCUAUCACUCAGUUGGGAAUUCAAAACCACUUCGACUGUAAAGUUAAUAAACCGUAUAAACACAGAGAAUGGAAUGGGAAAAAAUAGAGCAAAUAACGAAGUUGCAAAACUGAAAAGUCGAACAAGAAACAUUAGGAAUAUACAGAUGAAAAAACCAACAACCAACUCAACAUGGAUUGAAUAUGGAAAUAUAUUACACAGCUCUUUCAAGACACAUGGCAAUUUGACCUGGAGAGAUCUAAGGUUAAAAACUGAUAUUUCAGGGAAGGAACCCAGAAAUGUUAUUGAAAAGAGAUCAUAUCCUAACAACAUCAAAGAUAUUUGGUGGAUAGCAACUCGAAAGAUGACUUUGAAAGAGCACAAAAAUACCAAAGACACUACUUUCCUACAAAGAAAAAAUAAUGCAAAUAUUUGGCGAACGAAAAAAGAAAACACGACUUUAAGAAGUCCUAGAAAUGUCACAAAAAAUUGGCUAGAAACAAACAAAAUAUUUAAUUUCGCAAAACUUAAUACAACCAACUAUUCUUUUAGGGCUGAAAAAGAAAAUGUAAAAUGGACAGAACCCAAAAAUAUUCCAUUUGCUUGGAUGAAAGAAGUAAAAAGCUUUCCAUGGGCAGACUAUCAGAACAUUACACACACUCAACAACCAGAUACUGAGAAUGUCAACAGGACAGAACCUGUAAAUAUCACAUUUUCAUAGAUUACAGAAGUUGAAAACUUUACCUGGACAGCGUCUGUUAAUACUACAGGCUCUUGAUGAACAACGGAAAUAAGAAACUUUACAUUAACUGCCCCUAAAAAUGGUCUAAACAAUUUGUUACCACUAAAUUUAAAUAGAAAGUAGACAUAAUUCAAAAGUAGUUAUCGGAAACAGUUACAAUACACAGAAAUAGUUAUGGGAAACAGGUAAUUAUAUUAUGGCAAUAACUAGAAAUAUGUUCAGAUAUCGUGUGAACAGAAACUGGAAUCCAGGCUUUGGCAAAGGCCAAGUAAAAGAAGAAAUGUGUUUUAUUAAAAUAAAAAUUCUUAACUAAACAGAAGUAAAGCAAGUAUGUUGCAUCUUCUUAUCUAAAAUGCUAUGAAUAUCGUGGCAUAAAAUCUGUUAUUUAACUAUGUAUAAUAACUCAAGAUCAUGAAUAACUCAUUAAUAUAUAUAUAUAUUACUAUAAAGAAGCUACUUCGAAAAUUUAGAUUAACUGUUGAGAUGUUAUAGAUUUUACAUUGCUCGUUGAAUCAUUAUGUAUCGUGCAUAACUUUCAGAACUAAGAAAUGAUAUUGAUGUAUAUUAAUAACUAAGAAAUUUAGACUAUGUUACUCAAAAAACCAAAGCUUUUAAACCAGGAUAAAUCAAUAUACUUCAAAAAUAAUUUAUAUAUUUGAUCUUUGUUCUUGAUUAAUUUAAAAUAAACUCUAUCUGAACGUUUUACGUCAAGAACGUUGCGUGUAUGUGUGUUUAAAUUACAUACGUUGUAACUAAUUACUUCUAUUUUCCUAUAAACGUUUUGUUCUUUGGAUAUUUAAUACUUCACAAAAGCAUUGUAAUUUAUGCACUAAAGAACAGAGUAAA